AUGUUCGCCCCCGAGGGUGAAGUCUGGCAAAGCAUCCCCGAAUUCAACAUCCUCGCCCAAAACAUCACCGUCCCCGGCUUCUCCCCGCUCUUUCCCUCUGCCCACUGUACCUCGGAAGGAACCAUCUGCCAGCUCGUCACCGGCGAAGCCGAAAUCAACGCUGCAUCCACCAUCUCCGCACUCGCUCACUCGCCCCUCUUCGACCUCACGAAAACGUACUUUCUCAUCGCCGGCAUCGCCGGCGUCAACCCAAAAGUCGCUACAGUCGGCUCCGUCACAUUCGCUCGUUAUGCGAUUCAGGUCGCUCUGCAGUAUGAAAUCGACGCCCGUGAGAAACCAGAUAAUUUUUCGACGGGGUAUAUACCCCAAGGAUCAUUUGCGCCGGAUCAGUACCCGCUGAGCAUCUACGGCACAGAGGUGUUCGAGGUCAAUGAUGCACUCCGCCAAGUGGCCCUUGGGUUCACCAGUAAUGUUACUCUGAACGAUUCGACCACGGCUCAAGAGACCCGCGCACUCUACGCCACCACCCCGUCCUUCGCUCCCGGAGCCAAUCCAGCCGGACCCUCCAUCAUCGCAUGCGACACAUCAACUUCGGACGUAUAUUUCAGCGGAGAUCUGCUCGGUGAGACUUUCGAGAACACGACGAAGUUGUUCACGAAUGGGACCGGAGUAUAUUGCACCACGCAACAAGAGGACAACGCGACGCUCGAAGCGCUUCUGCGCGCCUCUAUCGGCGGACUCGUCGAUUUCUCUCGUAUCAUUAUCAUGAGGUCUGGGUCCAACUUUGACCGUCCGUACGCCGGGCAGAGUGCGGUGGACCAUUUAUUUGGGCCGUCUGCUGCGUUCGAGCCGUCGCUCGUCAAUUUAUACAUCGCAGGCGUGAAGGUGGUGGAAGGGAUUAUUGAGGGUUGGGCGGAAAGGUUUGAGGAGGGGGUGAAGGCAAUGAAUUAUGUGGGCGAUAUAUUUGGCUCGCUUGGGGGACAGCCUGAUUUUGGGCCCGGUAGUGUCUUCGGAGGACAGGCCGCGUCGAGGAAGCGAGGUUUGAAGCGGGUGGCUUGGAAAUGA